UUCUAUCAAGUUUUCUUUUCCUCCACCUCACCUCUUCCCUUUCACAUUCUCUGCAACUCCAUUUCCUCCUCUUCUCUCUCUCCCCAUUCAUCAAUUCUGCUCUCUCAACCUUCAUUCACGUUAACCCCCAACACAAACUUCAUACCCACCCACCUGCGCCGACACACACAAACACACGCACUCUCUUUUCAUGCACUCAAUUUGAUUUCACAUCCUCGGAAUUUACCAAACGAUGUGACGUCGCCGUCGAUCUCCAAACAGAUUGCUUUCCGAUUUGCAUCCUCUGAUAACAAUUCAAUACUUUUUCGUUGAAUUCGGCGCUCAAAGGCGAUUGUUGCUUGCUGCUAUGGCUUCUACUGUCCCUGCCAAAUCUCAGCCGCUGCACAAUUUCACGCUGCCGCAUCUGAAAUGGAAUAAGGACCGAAACUCCACCGGCCAACACCAGCGCCGCCGCUCCAUCAAAUCGCCGUCGCGGCGGCCUCCUCGGCAUCAGUCCCCUUUAUGCGAUUCCGCCGCGGCGGCGGCGGUGGCUGUGUCGCCUCGUCGGUCUCCGGUCCACGGGGAUUACUUGGGGAAACGAUCUCCUACUUCUGGAGAAUCAUCUAAGCCGUAUCCGCUUCGGGAGUGGGCUAAACACUCGCCAACCAGCGGUGAUCCGGCGUGGCAUUUGCCGAGGCAUGAAUCGCCUCCUCAAUCCGAAGCCUACGGCAAGGGAAAAGGCGGCUCUGUUGAGCAUCGGAGACAUCACUCAAAUCAUCCGGCGUUGGAUGGUGCGAGGAACGGUCUCCAUUCAACAAAUUCAGGGCGAACAAGUCUGAAAUCGGAGCCUAAAUUGAAGGCGAAAGAAGUCGAUGCGGCUGGAAUCAAGAGAUCGAAAAUCCUAAUCAAAAUUCCCUGCAAGAGUAGCAAAACAGAGGACGAAAAUCCACAAGAAGAGACGGAGAAAAACGAGGAAGACGUUUGCAGCGGUGAAGUGCAACAAGAGGAGAAGGUUAAUAACAACAAUACUAUUACUGAUGAAGAAACGAAGACAUGGAAUUUAAGGCCUCGGAAGCCUCUUCACAAGUCGCUGAACGUGAGCGGAGGUCCGGUGAAGAGUAACGGUACGGCGAUGCCGGAAAGGAGUAAAGCGCCGUCGCCGUUGAGGAAUCUGAACAAUAGAUCGGGGGAUAACGACGGCGGUGGGAAGAAGGAGAAGAGGAAGCUGAGCAUAUCUAUCCCUCUAACGAAAGACGAGAUCGAGGAGGAUAUAUUUGCGCUGACCGGAUCAAAGCCGGCAAGGAGGCCCAAGAAGAGAGCAAGGAACAUACAAAAACAAGUUGAUAUUUGUUUCCCUGGAUUAUGGCUGGUAUCUAUCACUGCGGAGUCAUACAAGGUUUCUGAGAGUUCUCUGAAGGUACAGUCCUGAUCAUCCAGCCACGGUGGCUCUGAAUUUUACUGGAUGGCGGUGGUCUUCUACACAGGGCUAGAUGCAGUUUCUGGAAGUUCUAAGCUUCCAACCUUUUUUUCUGGGGGAUGGCUUUGAAGGUAUACUCUUGUAUUCUGAGAGGAAGAACUAGCAUUGAUUUAGGGUUUCUUUGUUCUUUUCUUGUUUCCUUUGUCUUCCCCCUCUUCAAGUUGCUGAUCUGGAGAUGGAUGAUAGUUCUUCUAUUUAGCAUUAUGUAAAUAUGGAUUUUAGAUUUUCUUUUUCAGUUUCAUGACUCAAUUGGUUUUGAUUCAUUUUUUCUUUUAAAUGAAUAAUGACUGAUUUGGGUUGUUUCUUUAUUUGUACAUUAUAACAGUUGAAAUUCAUGUCUUUUUCAUGUGGCUCA